UGAGUGAGUGUGUGUGUGUGUGUGUGUGUGUGUGUGUGUGUGAGUGUGAAAUGUGCUUUUCAAAGUGCUCAGAGGUGGAUGGGAAUGUUUGAUGAGCUCCUCUGAGAAGAAAAGGUGCCUGGACCUCUUGUUGUUUCUUCUUUAGAGUAAUUUGGAUGGGAUUUGUGAUGCAGAAAAGCCUAAGGAAAACAGGAUAUCCAUUCUGUGUGGUGGAAAAUUCUUGAAAAAAAUUGCUUUCUUCAAACAAGGGUGCCAUUCUGAUAUUUAUGGGGAUUAUUGUCCUCACUAUGAAGGCAUCUGUUAUUGAAAUGUUCCUUGUUUUGCUGGUGACUGGAAUACAUUCAAAUAAAGAAAUGACAAAGAAGAUUAAAAGGCCUAAAUUCACUGUGCCUCAGAUCAACUGUGAUGUCAAAGCUGGAAAGAUAAUCAAUCCUGAGUUUGUUGUGAAAUGUCCGGCAGGAUGCCAAGACCCCAAAUACCACGUUUAUGGCACAGACGUCUACGCUUCCUACUCCAGCGUGUGUGCGGCUGCGGUUCACAGCGGUGUGCUCGGUAACUCAGGAGGGAAAAUACUUGUUCGGAAAGUGGCUGGGCAGUCUGGCUAUAAAGGGAGCCUUGCCAACGGUGUGCAGUCCUUAUCGCUGCCGCGCUGGAGAGAAUCCUUUGUCGUCUCAGAAGGUAAACCCCCAAAGGGCAUAACCUAUCCAUUGGCUCUUACAUAUUCAUCAGCUAAAAGCCCAGCUGCCGAAGCAGGUGAGACCACAAAAGCCUAUCAGAAGCCAUCAUCAGUUCCAGGGACAACCGCACAGCCAGUCACCCUGACGCAGGUACUGGGGACCACCCCAGAGGAAGGCACCCACACCACCUUGCCAAAGCCACCCCUCUCUGCAGACUCUACCACCAGCGGCCCCAGACCACAGCCCGUAGGCCACAGGAGCCAGGAGCCAGGGGAUGCGGACUUGUGGAAACGCGGACUGGUGCUUUUGGAUGCAGGGUUUGUUCCAAAGGAAGAAUUAAGCACACAGUCAUUGGACCCCAUGUUCCGGGGAGAUCCAAACUGCAAGGUUGACUUGUCAUUUUUAAUUGAUGGGAGCGCCAGCAUUGGCAAACGUCGCUUCCGAAUCCAGAAGCAGUUCCUGGCCGACAUCGCCCAGGCUCUUGACAUUGGCCCGGCGGGUCCACUGAUGGGUGUUGUUCAGUAUGGAGACAACCCUGCUACCCAAUUUAACCUCAAAACUCACAUGAAUUCCCAAGAUCUGAAGACAGCCAUAGAGAAAAUUACCCAGAGAGGAGGGCUGUCUAAUGUAGGCCGGGCCAUCUCCUUUGUGACCAAGAACUUCUUUUCCAAAGCCAAUGGAAACAGAGGUGGUGCUCCCAACGUGGCCGUGGUGAUGGUGGAUGGCUGGCCCACAGACAAGGUAGAGGAGGCCUCGAGGCUUGCGAGAGAGUCAGGAAUCAACAUUUUCUUCAUCACCAUUGAAGGUGCCGUGGAAAAUGAAAAACAAUACGUGACGGAGCCCAACUUUGCAAACAAGGCUGUGUGCAGAACAAAUGGCUUCUACUCACUCAGUGUGCAGAGCUGGUUCAGUCUCCACAAGACAGUGCAGCCCCUGGUGAAGCGGGUCUGUGACACCGAGCGGCUGGCCUGCAGCAAGACCUGCUUCAACUCGGCCGACCUCGGCUUUGUCAUUGACGGCUCCAGCAGCGUGGGGACGGGCAACUUCCGCACGGUUCUCCAGUUUGUGGCCAACCUCAGCAAAGAGUUUGAGAUUUCAGAGACAGACACGCGCAUCGGGGCCGUGCAGUACACCUACGAGCAGCGGCUUGAGUUUGGGUUUGACACGUACAGCACCAAGCCUGACGUCCUCAAUGCCAUCAAGACGAUGGGCUACUGGAGUGGUGGCACCAGCACGGGAGCCGCCAUCAACUUCGCCCUGGAACAACUCUUCAAGAAAUCCAAGCCCAACAAGAGGAAGUUAAUGAUCCUCAUCACUGAUGGGAGGUCCUACGAUGACAUCCGAAUACCAGCCAUGGCUGCCCAUCACAAGGGCGUGAUCACCUAUGCAAUUGGCAUUGCCUGGGCUGCACAGGACGAGCUAGAAGUCAUCGCCACUCACCCUGCCAAGGACCACGCCUUCUUCGUGGAUGAAUUUGACAACCUGUACAAAUUGGUCCCCACAGUCAUCCAGAACAUUUGCACAGAGUUCAACUCACGGCCUCGGAACUGAAUUCUGAGCAGGCAAAGGCUGCUUUUCUGCUGACUCUGGGACAACCCCAGUGCUUCCCGGGCACACAUGGGCCAGCAAGGCACGCAGGGCUUGAGAAACUGUGUUGUUAUGGUUCUUCACCAGCGUGGGUUUUUCGUACUUCAAAACUUGGAGCUAGAGAGAUGAUCAUACAUUUGUAGAGUGAGCCAAAAUGAUGCAUCCUUUUGAGGGUGCUGAGGGUUUCCAUUUUGACAACUGUUUUCAAAAUAACUAUUCAGAAUAGAGUACAGCACUUAUGACAGGCUUAACUGAAGCUUUUGUGAGGUUUUUUAAAAAAAAUUUACUACUCAUGAGAACUCUGUAACCCUCCACAAGUUUCAUGUUUGUCAUGACAAUACAGGAGCUGCUUAAUUAAAUGUGGACUCCACGUGAUCAUUCUGUGUCGUGGGUAGUGGUCACAGUAUUUGUCCCAGGGCCACCCUCUGCUCUUCUCCUUCCCCAGAGAACUUGCUGUGCACUCACUCCUGGCACACAGUGCCGACUCACCCACAGGGUGCAGGGCCACUGAGUUCCCACAGCUUCUAGCUUUGGGACCCUUUGGGGAAUAGCCCUGGAGAACCAAGCCGAAUUGGCUUAAACGCAGUGCAUUAAGCUGGUGUGGACACUCUCAGCCCACGCUGCAUAUGAGAAUCACUUGGAGUCUAAAAUGCUGGUUCCCGGUCCCCACCCAACACCAGUGAAAUCUGACUCUCUGGGAAUGGAGCCUGAACACUGGUGUGUUUGCCCUGCUCUCUGGUGAAGCCGAAAUGCUGCCAGAACAGGGGACCACAGAGCCACCGCUGAGCAGUCAGUGUCACAGCUACUCCUGAGACAGCCCCUAUUUGUGCCUGCUCUUCUUGGUUCCAUUCAACUUAGCAUUUGUCCUGGAUUUUUUCAUUUGUUAACUAGAUAUUAUUAUUAAUGACAGCUAGAUAUUAGCUAGAUGUUAUUAUUAAUAACUAGAAUUAUUCUUAAAAUAAGUUGGGAUAGGUUCGGGUGAACUCUGUUUUGGUUGAACUCCUGUCCUGGGGUAGGACUGUUUGGCUUCCGGGUUCUGCCAAGCAAAAUGAUACAUCCUUUUGAUACAUCCUGAACUCAUGGGUCAGGAUGUAAAAUCUCGUGCAACCAGGAACCGAAGAACCACAAACAGAGAUGACAUCUGAGAAGUUAUGUUUUGUAAAAUGUGUGUGGAAAAAUGCUAGUCUGAAUGGAGGCAAAAAGAAAGUACCCAUGUAAAUACCUGUAAUAAAAGAGUUACAUAAAAAAUUUUAAAUUAAAUUUAUCAUCCAUUUAGUAGAAUUUGCAUAAAGCUUAUCAAAUAUCUCAGUACCUGGAGAGCAGUAUAUUGUCAAUUUACAAUGGGGGUUACAGAGAAGAAUCAAUUAAAGGUGUCAGCAAUUUCAAGUUUAUUAACCACAAAUUUAACUUUAAAGGUGAUGGUAAACAAAUAUGUUCAAAAACUUCAGAAUAUAAAACUAUUUUCAGAAAGGAAAUUCUUUGUAAAGACACCAGUGACACACUACUAGUGACCAAUUCAGCUAAGAAACUCAUUAAGUACUUAGAGGAAUUACUCUGCCUAUAUUUUUAAAUGUGUAGAUAAUCAACAUAAAGGAGUUUUUUCAAUGUCACUUCAAUGUACAUACACAGGUAAGUUAAUUUUUUUAAGAAAAAAUUUCUUCUAGAAAAUAGUUUGGAAUAUAAUUAUUUUAUAGGGGCCUUAGUAUAAAAACCAUUUUGUCAUCAGUAAGUAAAUAUUUCCAAAAAUAAUGUACUUUUAACUAUUCUGGUAUCCUCUUUCAUUCACAAAACUGUCCCAGUUUGGGAAAUAAAUUAUAUAGUCACCCUUAGUUAUAGAAACUAUAAAAUUUUGUUCUGGCUGGUGUGACUCAGUAUAUUGAGUGCCAGCCUGGAAACCAAAAGGUUGCCAGUUCGAUUCCCAGUCAGGGCAUGUACCUGGGUUGAGGGCUGGUUUCCCAAUUGCGGGUAUGUGACAUGAGAGGCAACCAGCUGCACAUUGAUACUUCCCUCUUUUGU